AUGCCUGCAGGACAUAGCAUCAAGCUGGUCUUCAGCCGGCAUACCGUUUACGAACUCCCUCUCUCGUCACAGCCCAAAUUCGACAAAUCACAGCAUAUGAUUGCAACAAUUAGGGAUCCAAUGGGCGACAAGCGUGCAGCCGACGACGCUGACAGUCACCCCAUAUACGGUCCCAAGCGUGCGAGGGUAUACCACGCAAGUCUCCAGGUUAACGAGCAUUAUCCACCGCUUUCGCACAAGCCAGCAGAGCAAGACGUCGCAGUCAAAUGGGUACGGGGAGAAGAGGCAGUCAGACGUUUGGAACAUGAAGCCAAGUUGUACAAUGAGAAACUCGCUUCCUUGCAAGGCACGGUCGUGCCACGCUUCUACGGGUUCUUCUCCGCGGUAAUUCAGGACAUUAACGUGGGCUGCAUUGUUCUGGAGUGGUACAAGGAGACAGCGAACAGAGCGGACGCAAUAAGUGCAGUCAACAUCAAUCGUAUGGUAAUGCUUCUCCUGAUCCAUCAAGCGGGUAUCCAGCAUAAUGAUAUUAUCGAUGCGCAUCACAUGCUCGUUCUUCCUAACGCAAGCAUUCGCAUCAUUGACUUCUCGAAGGCAUCGGAUAAGCACAAGUGCAUGGCAAGAGUUGACGCAGAAGGAGAGAUCAUUAACCGCUGCUAUGAACUGGAGAAGAUGAAGGAGUUAAUUAACCGCUGCUAUGAACUGCCAGUGGAGAAGAUGAAGGAGAUCACCAACGGCAGAUGCUGA